AUGUCGAUGUCGUCGAUGCAGACCACGAACUAUCACUCGGAGAACAGUUACGACAGCGGAGGUUACGGCCAAAGCGAUGGCCUGUCGGGCGGAGGUAUGUCCGCCUCCGGAGGUAUGACUCACUCGUACAGCGAAUCCAAUCUAAUGGGAGGCAGCGGUGGCGGCAGCGGAGGUCUGUCAGGAAUGUCGGGCUCGUCUUCGCGGACAGGGAUGUCAUUCCUGACGGGCGGACACUCGGCCUCAACCAAACACGAAGACCUCAAACAGAUGCUCGAGUCUAACAAAGACGGCCUCAAACUGGAGGCCAUGAAACGGAUCAUCGGUAUGAUCGCGAAGGGAAGGGCCGGUGAGGCGCCCCGCGAGCUGUUCCCACACGUGGUGAAGAACGUGGUGACGAAGAACGCGGAGCUGAAGAAGUUGGUGUACCUGUAUCUGACCCGAUACGCGGAACAGGAGCAAGACUUGGCCCUCCUAUCCAUCGCCACAUUCCAGCGCUCACUGAAAGACCCAAAUCCGCUGAUCCGGGCGUCGGCCAUACGGGUGCUGUCGUCCAUACGGGUGUCGAUCAUAGCGCCCAUAAUGUUGAUCGCGAUCCGCGACUGCAGUAACGACAUGUCUCCAUACGUGCGCAAAACCGCUGCUCACGCCAUACCGAAGCUCUACUCACUGGAUCCGGACCUGAAGAACGAGAUCAUCGACAUCAUAGAGCGGCUGCUGAACGACCGGACGUCGUUGGUGUUGGGGUCGGCGGUGGCCGCGUUCGAGGAGGUGUGUCCCGACCGGUUCGAUCUGAUCCAUCAAAACUAUCGCAAAUUUUGCUCACUCUUGGUCGACGUGGACGAGUGGGGACAGAUCAUACUCAUCAAUAUGUUGAUCCGUUACGCGCGCACGCAGUUCACGGACCCCAACGGUGGCCGCUAUCACGCGGCGACCGCUUCCCAGUCGUCGCUGGACACCGACCCCACUGUCUUGGACGCCGACCAUCGGGCGCUUCUCCGGAGCGCCAAACCGCUGCUCCAGAGCCGCAAUUCGGGUGUAGUGUUGGCCGUCAUUCAGAUGUAUCUAUCGCUGGCGCCCAACAGCGAACUCAACGCUAUUAUUGUCAAACCGUUGAUUCGUUUGCUUCAUUCCCAUCGAGAGAUACAACUCGUUGUGUUGAAGAAUAUCGUGUCGUUGACCACUGUUUCGGCCGCCGAUGACAGCGAUCGCGAGGCCAUCACCGAUGACCACAAGAAUAAAGAGAACGCCGAUAACGGUCUGAACGACGAGAACAAUGGGGUCGAGAAGAGAGACAAAGACGGUUACGAUGAGGACGACGACGACGAGGAAGAGUUCUUUAAGUUUGGGAGCGGCGGUGGAAGCGGUCACUCGUCGGCGAAGAACAUCAAAACCCUGUUUGAGCCGCACUUGAAGUCGUUUUUCAUCAAAUCCAAGGACUCGACUCAGACAAAGAUUCUUAAGCUCGAAAUACUGACCAAUUUGUCGAAUUCGGCCAAUAUUUCGCUCAUUUUACGUGAAUUCCAGGCCUAUAUCAACAACUAUCAGGAGGACCUCGAGUUCAUGGCCGCCACCAUUCAGUCCAUCGGCCACAUCGCCGCCCGAAUCAAAGAGAUAGCGCCCAUAUGUCUGAACGGUUUGAUUACACUGCUGUCCAAUCGGAACGAGACGAUCGUUUCGCACAGCAUUGUCGUCAUCCGGACGCAGAUCAUCAACAAAGACGACACCAUUAUAUCGGCUAUUAUUAAACAAGUGGUGCGACUGAUGGACAAGAUUCACACACCGCAGGCGCGGGCGACCAUUCUCUGGAUUUUGGCCGAAUUCUGUCCCGUCAACGAACGGGCGGCCAAAUACGCGCCCGACGUUCUCCGCAAACUGGCCAAGACUUUCUGUCUCGAGGCCGACACCGUUAAGCUACAGGCGCUCAAUCUGUCGGCCAAACUCUUCAUAACGCAGGACACCAGCGAUCGGAUCAAACUGUUGGUCAACUUUCUGUUCAAUUUGGCCAAAUAUGACUUGAACUAUGACGUCAGGGAUAGGGGACGUCUCUUGAGGCAACUCCUCAACGACCCGACUCUCGCCAAACGUAUACUACUUGUGCCCAAAUGCGUGCCCGACGUGGGCGGCGGUGGCGUCGGUCGCGCCGACUCUGGCCAUCAGUUCCGCAUCGGAACGCUGUCUCACUUCUUGGAGAAGAGGGCCGCCGACUACGAGGAACUGCCCGAUUGGCCGCUCGAACAGCCGGACACUAGCGUUAGGGCCCGCAAAGAGGUGUAUGUGGAGGAGCCGACGCCCACCUUCGCUCUCGUCAACAUCAAAGACAAUAGAAGUGAACGAACGCUCAAGAAGUUGAAGGAGAAGUCGUUUUACUCGAGCGAAGAGUCCGCCGACGAGAGCGAAGAGGACGACACCGACGAAGAGGAAGAAGAAUCGGAUGAAGAGGAGGACAGCGACGAAGAGAUAAGCGGUGAGGAGGAGAGCGAUGACGAAGAAGAGGAGGAAACAGACGCCGAAGACGAGGAGGAAGAGGACGGAGAGUCGAGCGGUGAAGAGGAGGAGAGCGAUGACGGAGCGGAGGAAGUGUUGACCACUAAAGCCAAUGCCAGUAAACCAUCGAAAUCUAGUAAUUCGUCGAAAGCUGUUCUCAAAUAA